AUGACAGAUGUUGUGAAAAAUAAUGAAGAACAGGCAUCGACUUGCAAAACCUGUGAUACGAAUAGCAAAGAAAAUGAGAAUCCUCCGAUUUUGGAGCCACAUUUUCAGGCAGCACUUAAACCAACUAUUGACCUUUUCGGAGGGGUUAUGAUUAUUGUUGGUUGCAUUAUUGGUUCAGGUAUAUUCAUUUCUCCUAAAGGAGUACAUGAACAUGCCGGCUCAGUAGGUUUAUCGCUACUCAUCUGGAUUGUUUGCGGCGCGUUUUCUGCGGUAGGUGCUUACUGUUAUGCUGAAUUGGGUACAUUUAUCCGAAGUUCGGGCGGGGAUUAUGCAUAUGUACUUGCUGCUUUUGGGCCACUAAUUGGCUUUUUACGAUUAUGGAUUGAAUGCAUCAUCGUGAGGCCUUGUACGAUUACCGCUGUAGCAAUUACUUUUGCUACUUACAUAUUACAACCUGUUUUUCAUCACUGUGGUGCUCCAUAUUUGCUACCACAGUUACUUGCUGUUGGUUGUAUUGUAAUGUUAGCUCUAAUCAACUGCGUAAGUAUGAAAUUUGUUACCUUUGUACAAAAUUUCCUUACCGUCGCAAAACUGGCAGCAUUAUCAUUAAUUAUUGGUACCGGUGUAAUACUUCUGAUAUAUGGAAAUGGCUACCGAGAUUCAUACGAGAAUUUUUGGGAAGGCACGGAAUGGGAGCCAGGUGAAAUUGCUCUCGCAUUUUACUCAGGUCUUUGGGCUUACAAUGGAUGGAAUUAUUUAAAUUUAAUUACUGAAGAACUUAUAAAUCCUACAAAAAACUUACCAUUGGCAAUUGCAAUAAGUUGUUGUGUGGUAACGGUUGUCUAUGCUUUGGCCAAUAUUGCAUUUUACGCAGGAACAUCAGCAGAAGAAAUGCUUAACUCAAAUGCAAUUGCCGUGGAUUUUGCUGAUCGUUAUUAUGGCAUCUUCGCAUGCAUAAUGCCAAUUUUGGUAGCACUUUCCUGUUUCGGUACCGUAAAUGGUGUUAUGCUUACUUCAUCGAGAUUGUUUUAUGUUGCUGGACGCAAUGGACAUAUGCCACGUGUACUGAGCUUUAUAAAUCCACAUCUUAAUACACCAAUACCAGCUGUGCUUUUCACUGCUUCAUUAUCAUGCUGUUACUUAUUAUUAUCCGAUAAUAUAUACACUCUAAUUAGCUAUGUGCAAGUUGUAAAUUUCAUGGCAAUUGGCAUCGCAAUUGCAGGUUUGCUCUAUCUGAGAUGGAAACAACCACCAACGACUCAUCCGAGAUCAUUGCAAGUUAAUCUACUUUGGCCAAUGCUGUUUUUGUUGGGAUGUAUACUUUUGGUAGUAUUUCCCAUUUAUCAAGAACCUCUAGAUACAGGUAUCUGA